AUGAGUAAAAUCUUCAAAGGUUCUUCAAACAGCUCUGAAGAAGACCUAUCCACUCUAUCCUCCAAAUUAGAAGUAGACAAACAAAUGCCUAAUACAACCCCAAAAAUCAUAAGAACCAUCAAUGGGGCCGAGUUGAACACUAACAAUAUUAUUCUUUUGCGAAGUUCCAAAACACUAGAUGGUAACCAUAUUUUGCUUAGAACCGAAAAUUUGGUUAAGAACAAUAUUUUAUUGGAUGACGGGGGCGAUUCAAAAAUGGGUCCGAUUAUACUCCAGCCCAAUACAGAAUUUAAAAAGGGAGUUUAUCUGCAAGGAGUUAAAAGAUUGGGUACUACUGCACCCAUUUUUCUCCUUAGCAGUGGUGAAUCCGGGGGACAUUUAAUAUUCCAUUCCGCACCUGAACAACGUACUCCAACAACAGUACAAAGAAUCGAGACCAUUGAAGAUGGUCAAGGACUGCUAACAGGAGCAAAUCAGAGUCUGGAAGUGAUAGGUGAUAAUGAGGCUGGAUGUAGCAGUGGAAGCAGUAGCAGAGGACUAUCGACUCCAAUUGGCUCAGACUUACCUCCAUUACUCACGACUAUUUCCAAAGGAAGUGUCCGUUUUUCUAUUCCAUGCCUAAAAAAAUCUAGUGGUUUGGAAGGGAAGAAGUCCUGGAAGAAGACUCCUCAAAGGCCCAAGAGUGGUUCGAUGCUUUUGUACAGUAGGAAAAAAGUACGUUAUCGUCGAGAUGGAUAUUGCUGGAAAAAAAGAAAAGAUGGCAAAACUACAAGAGAAGAUCACAUGAAGUUGAAGGUUCAGGGAACAGAGAAUCCGGAUAUCGUCCUAGUACACUAUCUCAACGUACCCUAUCCAGAUGACAACAAACUUGCCGUUAUAACACCCAAUUUGGCACUGUGGGCGGACAAAAAAGAAUGGACAAAAGAUGAACUGGUAUCCCAGCUAAAACCGAUGUUUUUCAGCGAGGACGAGCCCGAUCUCAACAACGAAUUAGAAAUAUCGAAUUUUAAAUUGCAAACCGCGGAAACCGUGGAAGCCAUCGUGAGCCAGUUAAUGGAAAAACAACGAGUCGCGAGACAAGCAGCUUUGGUAAAACAACUCGAAUGCGGUUGUCCAGAUUCCACCUGUGCCGAUGGUAAAAGUUGUUCACAUCCUAUGCGUCGUAUAACAUCUGCUAAAUCAGGAUCUCCUCUUCCUAGUUCAAGUACAAAUUCAAGAAACUCCAGUUCAAAUUCAGAAAGUAACAAUCAGGUUUCCUCGACUACUGGUUCUGGUUCUUUGCAUAUAAAUUGUCAUAGUACUCCGAGAGUUUAUUCCAGGGAUAGAACUACUCAGUUGCAAAACGGUAACAAUUGUUCAUCCAGUUCUGCGAAUACUCCCCCACUUGUUUUAAGUUUAUCCCAAAUUCAAGGAAGCGGGGGUCUUCUAAUUCUUAACAGCAACACGAAUAGUACAAAUCAUCAAAGUCUUGUAAAUCCUGUAUCUGUAGCAAAUUUCAUGACGUGCAAUACUAACAGGGGAAUAGUAAAAGAACAAAGGACAAGUCAUCUAGUUUUGAAACAAGAAGUAAUGGAUACUAACACAUCAUCAUGUCUCCACGCGUCCAAUCCAAAGCAAGAACCCAAAAAUAAGCCACAAAGAGAUAACAAAAUGGAAAUAAGCGAUAAUUUAAGACAAUCAUUAUUUGAAAGCAAUAUUUACGCUACUAGUUUGCAACAACAGCAACAUCAGCAACAACAGCAACAACAACAGCAACAACAACAACAACAGCAACAACAACAGCAGCAGCAACAGCAAUCUCGGAGUAAUAAUAUCGCACCUGCGACACCUUCAAAACUGAUGGACACUGGACAUGAUGAGGCUACCAAUGGGGACUUUAAACAUCAAAGUUAUGAAGAUACUGUAGUGCUUCUUGGUACAGAUUCUAGUGGCUCUCUAGUUAGUAAAAGCGACGGUUCUUCUAUUAUAAACGGAGGGUUUUUCAAUGAAACUUUGGAUCUAUCACACGAAGAUAUUCAAAGAACCCUCUCAGCCAAUAUGCCCAUGUGUUCAAGUGAGCUUGAAAAUCAUCAUGCUACACAAGAAAAUGAGACAAACAAUAGUAAUCAGCAAACUAAAAAGAUAAAUGAACCCACAAAUCUAACAGGUGACAUUAAUCCCAUGGACUUCAUCGACAAUUGCGAUGUUGUAGUUUCGCCCACCCACGUUGUUGACGAUGACGUUUUUGUGAAUCUCGAUGCGUUUGAUAUGCUUGGCGAGUUUCCGGAUCUGGAUGGCUUAGAAUCCAGCCACGCUUCUCUUUUAGAUGUGAAUCCGUCCGAAGCGAGUAGAACCAGCCAUGGAAAAAGCCAUGUUAGUCAAACUGCGCAUCAACAACAGGUUCAGAAUAAUAGCGGUCAGCAUAUGGAAGGUGCUGCCAAAAUAACUGAUUACUCUCCUGAGUGGGCAUAUCCAGAAGGAGGAGUCAAGGUAUUAGUUACAGGCCCUUGGCACUCUUCAGGGCCAUACACAGUUCUUUUUGAUACAUUCCCUGUCCCAACUACCUUAGUGCAAAGUGGAGUAUUGAGGUGUUAUUGUCCAGCUCAUGAAGCUGGCCUAGCCACUCUCCAAGUGGCUUGCGAUGGUUACGUGAUCUCCAACUCUGUGAUAUUUGAGUACAAGUUGCCUCCAAAAGAAGAACAAGCCGUGGCGCCAGAACCGAAAGUUGAACGAUCCAAUGAUAAUUUGUUGAAGUUUACGCUUCUACAGAGACUAGAAGCCAUGGAUGAUCGACUACAGAUAAAACAGGAGCCAGCUGAUAAUGACGUGGUUGAAGACACAUCGCUUUUCACACAUCCCAAUUUCGAAGAUCGUCUAGUAAAUUUCUGCCAAAAUAUGACAUGCCGUAUUUGGAAGUUUGGCGAAGAGCUCAGUGUUGCUUGGUUUGCAAGUCACAGAGGUAUGACUUUGCUGCAUCUUGCAGCAUCACUGGGUUACUCCAGACUAGUAUGCGCCAUGUUGCAUUGGAGAGCUGAAAACUCCUCACUUCUACUGGAAACUGAAGUUGAUGCACUUAGUCAAGACGAAUUUGGAUACACACCAUUGAUGUGGGCCUGUGAACGCGGUCACACCGAAACAGCUGUAAUGCUUUACAAAUGGAAUCAUACAGCCGUAAAUGUGAAAAACAUGCAGAAUCAGACUGCCCUGGAAUGUGCUAGAGGCAACAAUCAAACUGAAUUGGUUGAAGAACUGGAAAAGCUAGAAUUGAGAAGAGAUAAAGCCAAUAUGUUGCUACAUUCAAGCCAAUCUUCAGUUGAUAAUGUUUCGCCUACAGUUAUAAGUCCUGCUAGUAGUAUUGGGUCUCUUGCCUCUAUUUCGUCUGCUAGCAAGAGUCAUGAUGGGGUGUUUUUAAGACCAGGAGCGAUAACAAGGAAUGAGUAUAAAUCAAAGUUUCUAAGCAUUGAUCUGGACCCUGAAACAAAUAAAUUCGUCACUUCCUCUCCAAGUCCCUUAUUAUCAGAUUUAUCUUCGAGUACUCGAGGCAGUAACGGACAAAAAUUGAUUAAAAGACCAUCCAUUGAUAGUGGGAUCCAUAUGAGUUGCGGUCCUAAUAGUACAAAUGAAGGUUCAAACAGUAGACCAAAGAGCUCAAAAAUUGCUUCUAGAGAGAAUAUAAAAUUAUCCAAGAUUGAUCGUAGUAUGUCCCUGCCUCUACAGUCAUCUAUCUACACAAGAGAUAAUUCCUUUGAAUCUGAUUUUCUGGAACCAGGACGAAAAAUGGAUUUCGCUUUGUGGGAACAAGAUGCCAGAGUUCUCACAUUAGCUGAAAAAAUAAUUGCUGCGAUGCCAGAUCGAAUUAAGAAUGAAUCUGAGGAUCUUCUCAUGGAAAAUAGUCCCGGACCUCCCGAUACCCUUCAACCAUCAGAAACUUUAUACGAUGUUUACAUGGAACCACUUCUUGAACCUUCUUCGUCCAGUUUUGAAUCUUCUGAAUACUACGAUGUUGGUACGCCACAAUCCAGCUUAAGCCCAGCAUCUUCAAGCUGUCUUCAAUCACCAUGUUCUUUCACUUUGGAUUCUCCUUCGCCUCCACCAACCACAGCUGAUUUUUGCGAAUUUUUACAAGCUUCCGGAUCAGUUUUCGAAAAAGACUUCUCUAAUUUGACUUUAUCAGAUCGAGAACAACGUGAGUUAUACGAGGCAGCAAAAAUAAUACAAAAAGCAUAUCGAUCCUACAAAGGAAGACAGCAACAAGAACAGGAUAAAGAAAGACAAGCAGCUGUGAUUAUACAAAACUACUAUAGGAGAUAUAAGCAAUAUGCUUAUUAUAAACAAAUGACUCAUGCUGCAACUGUUAUUCAAAAUGGAUUCAGGUCAUAUUGUGAACAUAAACGCUUCAAGAAGAGUCAAGAAGCGGCAGUUUGUAUCCAAAACUAUUACAGAAAUUACAAGGAGGCAGGGGGUAGAGGAAGUAGAGAAGGAACUCCAGCCAGUUCCGGGCUCAAAUUACAGAAAGAACGAGCAGAAAAAGAGAGGCUGGAGGGCCAGUCAGCGGUUGCCCCCCAAAGGUCACAAUCUCUCGGGGGCUCUUCCAACUCCAUCGGCACAAAUAGCAACAGGUUAAAUAGUACAGAGCAGCAAGACGAUCGACGGUCAAGCGAAAAUGAAAAACGCAAGUACUGA